AUGCGCGGCGCGGCGGGCUGCGCGGCGGGAUGUGCGGCGGGAUGCGCGGCGGGCGCCUGCGUGUUCGACUCGCGAGGGGGGAAGCGGAAGGGGGAAGAGGCGCUGGUUUGGCUCUGGGAGGGCCUCCUCGCCUUCACCAAGUAUUGUCAACCACCCUCCACCACAUUCAACUCCUCUUUCUCUUUCCUCCAUUUUCCACUUUCCACCUUCCCCCACCAACCCCCACCAGCCUGUCUCCCCUGUUUCCUUCCACUCAACUCCCCACUCUCCCACCUCUCCACACCUACCCCUCCCCCGUCAGAUCAACCACACUUCACCCCAUUCAACUCCUCUUUCUCCAAUUCCUCCAUAGUCCCACCUCCCACUCCCCCCUCCCAACACCUCACCUCUGAUGCACGCACACACACACUCCCAGUGCCACCACCCAACAUGCUGCCUACUACCUCUAACCCCUCCCUACUCCACCUCAUUCCCCGUCUCUCCCCUUUCCCAGAAUCUUCUCUCUUUAUUGCCGUACAGCAUCAGAAGCCUGAAAGGUACGCGGUGCUGUUGCUGCUGCUAUGUGCGCUACAGGCUUGGCUCCCCACCCCACCUCAUGCUGUCACUGCUGCUGCUUGCUGCUUCGCCUGCAUCGGCACCAUCGCACAUGGGGUGUGGGCCUUAAAGCACAGCAGAAGCCUCAGAGACUGUGCCGACAUCUUUGCAGCAGGAGUGGGCCUCCCAUCAUCAGUUGACCCAGAAAACACCCCCAACCCCACCACCACCACUACCACUACCACCACUCCCACCACCACCGCCACCCCCUCCCGCACCACCGGUGGUAGCAAUGGGGGCAAGGAGAGGCCAGCCCGUGGCUUACGGAGCGAGGCACACGCGCCCUUUUACGCCUCCCCUGACACCUCCCCCCACGCAUCUCCUCAUUCCUCCCGGUACAAGCGUGAGGCGGGAAAGUGCUGGAGCAGGGCCGAGCUCCCAUGCUAUGCGGACAGUGCGGGAAGCACAGGAGGCGACAUGUCAGAGAGGCUUGAGAUGAAAAUGCGCCAGUACCACACGUACCGGCGCGAGUGCCUGCUAAAAGAACCUAAAGAAACCCUUCGAGCCACCCUCCUAGCCAACAAGCCCACGCUCUGUCGCUACCUGGUCUACUACCACACGAGAGACGGGCAGGGCAACCGGCUCGUCUCGCUCAUCUCUGCGUUUGCUUACGCGCUGCUAACCGACCGGAUUCUCCUGCUUGCGUCUGGUAGCGGCCUGGCUGAAGAAUACUGCGAGCCGUUUGAGCACGGGGCAACGGGUCAACAUGGCUCGGCUGUUGGGGCAGGGCAGGAGGCAGGUCAAGAGGCGGGUGAAGAUGCGUCGUGGGUGUUGUUUGAUGGGCCGGAUCAGGAGAAGUAUGUGUGGAUGCUGCGGUUUAAGGUGGCUAAGGAGUGGAGCAGCGUGCGCGAGGAGGAAGAGAGCGGUUCGAUGGUACCACCAGUCCUACGGGUCGACAUCACCCAUUUCACCAAACCAUCCGGUCAUCUCUUCUACUGUGAAUCCGAGCAGCAGUGGCUCUCCCGCACGCCUACCCUUCUCAGCUACUCCAAUCAAUACUUCCUCCCGGCCCUCUACCUCCUCCCCUCCUUCCGCCGCCGCCUCAUCCUCCUCUUCCCCUCCCAUCACCCCUUCCGCUCCCUCUCCCGCCUCCUCCUCUUCCCCCGCAACCGCAUCUGGGCGCAACUCACCCACCGAUUUCACACCCUCAUUGCCCCGGCCUCUGCCCGGAUAGGUCUGCAGGGACGGUUUCAGAAGCAGGCUUUGGAAAGGGGGAUCCCCUGGGAGACCAAGGCUAUGGGGCGGUGCUUGCUAGAGGCACUCAACUCCUCCUCUGUGCACCAGGCACGGGAGGUACGGCUAUCAAACCGGGGUGGUACAAGUGGUGAUGAUACCAGUGGCAGUGGUGGUGAUGGGUGCAGUGCGGUUGAGAACGAUUCUCCAAGCGGUGCGACUGAGGUGAUGGUGGCGUCGUUGAGUCCUGUGUUAGCUCACAACCUUUCGGUGAUUGUAGCAGGCAGCGUGCCGGGAGUAAGCGUGACUGUAGGGAGCGACACCCCUUGUGCUGCCACGGCGGAAGAACGUCUUCCCAAAAAAGGCGUCGCAUACCUGGUGGGUUCCCGUGUGCACAUUGCUCGGCUAACGGUCGACGAGUCAGAAAACAACACCGACACCGGUCUAGUCGAUCGCGCCAUUCUCGACAUAUACACACUCGCUCUCUUCUCUGACGCUCUUGUCAUCUCCCGCAACUCCACCUUUGGGUACGUUAGCGCGUCUCUCUUCGGAGUUCCCUAUGUUUCCUUUGUGGGGCCCACAUGUAUCCGAGCGGUAACUGAGCCGUGCUUGCACUUCCCGCCCAGUAAUGACCGGUGCCCGGAUGGGGUUCCCCAGCAGCUACAGCUGCUGCUGGCUGUAGCGCCGGAUGUGCCGCUCAUGCCGUGUGCAGAUAGACCCACCGGGAUUGCUGUCCGCCCUUUGGAGAUGUGA